AAAUAAUUAAGGAUGCUCUUGAGAGGGGCAUACGCCAAUAUUUUUAUUUGAGCCGUAUUUACUGCGAUAUUAUACCAAUAACCUAAAAAUGACCGCAUUAACAUAUAAAAUGUCGCUUGACGGGAUGCAUGCCUCUUUGCAGUUUCUUUGCACUAUGAAUUUUUUUCCUUAAUAUGGCUGUAAAAACAGCUUCGUCGUAAUAAAGGAUGAGACGAUUAAUUAUGAAUUUCCAGAUCAUAUGUUCUAAAUGUAAUUGGCGCCUACAAACCCAACCGCUGACCAAAACCUAACCGUUUUGUGUUAGCGAAGUUGCUGCGCUGAAAUUAUAUCACCCUAAUGUACAGCAAAUUGAUUUUAUAAGAAAUUCUAGAUUUCACUAUAUCUCAGCCAAUUGAGCUGUGGACUCACCAUGGGAAAUAAUAAUGGUAAAGAUAGGAAGAAAAAUAAAGACGAACGACAACCCAACAAUAUAAAGCCCGAACCGAAUGAGCGUCGGGCUCGGCAGUCAGGCGAUGAGUUAGAGCAGCCGGAUGCAGAGGCAACGGUUCAGGCAGAACCACCCACAGGGCAGAAAUCGAUUCGAAGGAAGUUUUCUUCGUUCAGGGAAAGUCUCAAGUUAAGAAGAAAAAGUUCAUACUCAGACUGCUCUAAUGAUCGAAUUGAGAACAAAAAACAGGAAACAUUUCAGUUCAGGUCAAUGCGAAUUAAUAGAACAUCAAAAAAGGACGCACUCAAACACAGGAAGACUUCCACAACACUGGUCCAGCAGGAAUUUUCCUACAUCGAUACCCGCGAAGCAGCUUCACACUCCAACAGUCUAACUGGAAGUCGAGCAACUCUUUCUAGCCAAACGGGGCCUUUUGGCAUUUACAUCAACGGUCGCCAAGGGGGUUCCAUGAGAGAAAUGUUGCCUACAGACAACUCGCCUCGUCUGCGAACUGGAGUUUCAUACACUCUAGGUCUAGUGCAACCCAGUCCCGUUUCCAUCAGAUCAAACUUCACGACAACAAGUGGCGCUACUGCUGGAACAUACUACUCCGCAAAUGUGACCUUAGAUGACGACUACACAGGACCAGUAGACGGCAUGGUCACAGCAGCGACUUCGGUCUCAACGGACCAUAUCGCUUCUCGAGUCCUGGAGAAACAUGAGCUGAUUCCACAGCCGGUCACCCUGCCUUUCACUUCUGACAAAAGAACCUCAAAAAAAUUCCCUCAUUUCACUGCAGUCACCAGAUCCGAAUCAAUGCAUAAAAAAAGUGGCCCAGUACCGUCCAACAGUCGCCGUUCUUCUCUUGCUCGUACGAACUCUCAUCAGCUAAUAUCUGGACUUCCUGAAGACUUUCCUAACGCUGGCCGACGCAGGCCCAGUGUAAACAACCCUCAAGAUCCCGGCCUCAGGCAACACCCAAACGCUGACUCUGGCCAAGCCUGCCAGCAAGACCCUCAACAUGACAGAAAAGUUUACGUGGCCAAAACGAGCUGGAACAGAAGUGGUGAUCUCAACGUAGCUCAGUUCGAGAAACUGGAGCUGAUAAACAGGCAGGAAGACAACAGAUACUUCAUGAGGAGCCUGGUUACGGGCUCCAAGGGGGCGCUGCCCCGUAACGUUCUAACGCCGGAAGUAGAUCUCAGCAGGGCAGAGUGGUACUUUGGUUCAACCAACCGCCAGGAUGCAGAGUCACACCUGAAGAAUUCGGGCACGAUGGGCAGUUACCUCAUCAGGCGUAAGGCCUUCAGCACUCGAGACUACGCUCUGUCCGUGCUGGACGGCCGCAACGUACAUCACUACGUCAUUCGGGAGCACGACACCGGCGGCUACUUCAUCGAACGCUCGGUUCCCUUUGCGACUCUCGACGAGCUCAUCGUACACUACAGCAGUGACGGAACAAACCUCUGCACGAGACUGGUCAUUCCUUGUAGUAAGGUUUUGGAGCGCGUCAUCCCCAUGGAUCCCCGGUGGGAGCUUGACCGCAACAACAUCCGACUGGAGACAGAACUUGGCAAAGGACAGUUCGGAGUUGUCAGGAAAGCCACGCUGACUGUAAAAAGCGAUAAUGGCGAUGGCAUAAAUUCCAUCCAAGUUGCAGUCAAGGAGCUCAAGCGAGGGUCGGCGUCUGAAUUCUUAAAUGAGGUCAGCAACCUGAAGAACCUUCAGCAUGAGCGACUGCUGCAGCUCUUGGGGGUGUGCACUGACAAGGAGCCAUACUUCAUCGUCACCAAGUUCAUGAAAAAUGGCGCUUUACUCAAUUACCUAACAGGACCCGGUAAAAAAUCAUUGAAGGAGGAGUUGUUAUACUUCGCCCUGCAAGUAGCAGAAGGAAUGACGUACUUGGAAUCAAAGCAAUACGUUCACAGAGACCUUGCCGCGAGAAACGUCUUGCUCGACCAUCAGCUCAACGUUAAAAUUGCAGAUUUUGGUCUUUCUAGACUUUUGACAGAUCAGCACAAAUCGGGGCAAGAAAAUAGCCGGCUACCAAUAAAAUGGACGGCGCUCGAGGCUCUCUUAAAAGGCGAGUUCAGCAGCAAAAGCGACGUGUGGUCUUUCGGUGUGCUUCUCCACGAGAUCAUGUCCAAAGGCGUGACCCCAUACAAAGAGAUGAACAACAAUGAAGUGAUAGAAUACCUUAAAAAGGGUAAAAGGAUGUUCCAAGAUCCUAGCAUCGAUGACCGCUGCUACAACAUCAUGCUCUCGUGCUGGUGUCCCAGGCCCGAAAACCGGCCCACGUUCUUCAACCUACGAGAGCAGCUCACCUAUUAUAUUAAGGAUGAAAAACAGCAUAGAAUCGCUUAUGCAUUUGAUGCAAACUGCAAUUUUUAACUAGUGCUGAAAUUGGUUAUUGAUAAACGUCGAUCAAAUGUGUGUCAAGAAUACAUUUAUUCAGUAUGUCUGAGUCAACAUUUGUAGCUUAUUUAUAUUAUAACAAUGUUCAAAAUCUAUUAAGUGAUGAAGCAACUUUCAGCUCAAUUGGCAAAUUGAACGUUCCAUAUGGGACAUUUCAUGUUGCAAGUACAAAUUCUGCCCGUUUGAUUAGUUUCUCUUGUGCUGCAUCUUAAGACCGAAUUCCACUUUGCUUCACAGUCAUCUUGCAUUCAGAGCCUAAAUAUACGAGAGUCGCAUUAACUAUGCAUCGUACUUAUAACAAAACAACAACAAUAUAAUAGCGGUUUCAGCAUUUAUUAGGCCGUAGGCCU